ACGAUGGCACGUCUGUGUCCGUGUGCAGCUCUGUUGCGUCGGGAGCCCCGCUGCUGCUGCUGCUGCUGCUGUCGCUGCUUUCGGGAGAACUGAAAAAUCAAUUAAGUGUCACCAUGGCUGAAUUCGGAGAGAAGAAGAGCGUCGUCGGUCCACCGGUUGCUGGCUGGAAAGCUGCGUCAGGAGAAGCCGGAACGAGCCUCGAGACGCACCGAGGAGAGCCGGUCUCCAACGGAAACUGCAGCGUGUCAGACACCGCGAGGAGGGUCCAGAACGAGUCCAGCUGCGAGUCCCCGACGUGGGAGAACACAGGUCCAGAUUCAGCAUCCAAACCAAUCCCUCGACGCAGCAGUCUGAUCAAGGAUGGGUCACGUGCCGGUCGAGACAGGAAGAAGACGGUGUCCUUCAGCAGCAGCUUGUCAGAGAAGAAGAUCAGCAGUGCUGCCGACUGUAUCCACUCCAUGGUUGAGGGGAGUGAGCUGAAGAAAAUUCGGCCCAACUCACGUGUUUACCAGCGAUACUACCUGCUGGACGCAGGCCUCCAGGCUCUGUGCUGGGAGCCAUCAAAGAAGGAGUCAGACAAAGCCCGGAUCUCUCUCGCCUCCAUACGAGAGGUACGGACAGGUCGUAACACGGAAACCUUUCGCACCAGUGGAGUUUAUGAGCAGAUUUCAGAGGACUGUGCAUUCUCCAUCAUCUAUGGAGACGUAUAUGAAAACUUGGACCUGGUGGCCAACUCUGCUGAAGUGGCUAACAUUUGGGUGACCGGACUAAGGUAUCUCAUGCAGUAUGGGAAACAUGCCCUGGACAUGCUCGCCAGCAGUCAGGACAGUCUUCGUCUUAACUGGCUGGAGCAGCUGUUUUCCUCUGCUGCUGAUUCGGACAGACAGGAAGAUGUUGAGGAAGGGAUCCGCUUGCAGUCCGCCAUUAAGUUGAUACAGAGCGUGAACCCUGGGGUGAGCGGUGGCAAAGUGGAGCACAGGUUUAAAGAGCUUCAAAGAGUUCGGGAGAAGAUGUGUGGGCUAGAUAAUGGAUCUGGAGUCAAAGAUCACAAUGAACCCAAAAGACUAAUGGGAAGAAAUGAACGAGUCACCAAGCAGGAGUUCAUCGAGGUCUUCCACGACUUUUGCACACGUCCGGAGAUCUACUUCCUGUUGGUGCAGUUCUCUAGCAACAAGGAGUUCCUGGACACCAAAGACUUGAUGCGGUUCCUUGAGGCCGAGCAGGGCAUGGCUCAAGUGAGUGAGGAGACCAGCCUGAAGCUCAUCCAGUCCCACGAGCCAUCGGAGGAGGGCCGGCAGCAGGGAUACCUGUCUUUGGACGGCUUCACCAGCUACCUCACUUCGGCUGAGUGCCACCUCUUCGACUGGGAGCACGACACCGUGUGCCAGGACAUGUCCCAGCCUUUGUCCCACUACUACAUCAACUCCUCCCACAACACCUACCUCAUCGAGGACCAGUUUAGAGGUCCCUCCGACAUCUCCGGUUACAUCCGCGCCCUCAAGAUGGGUUGUCGAUGUGUGGAGGUGGACGUUUGGGACGGCCCUGAUGAGCAGCCUGUGGUGUGUACAGGGCACACCCUCUCCCCACCACUGGCCCUGCGUUGUGUGAUAGAAGCAAUUGGAAGGUUUGCAUUUGUGGCAUCAGAGUAUCCCUUAAUUAUAUGUAUUGAGAACCACUGUUCACUUCGACAGCAGAAGGUCAUGUGGAAACAUCUCACAGAUAUACUAGGGGAGAGGUUAUACACAAAUCCGCCACAUGAAGGGGACUUGUACCUGCCGUCACCCCAUGCCCUAAGGCAUCGAAUCCUAUUAAGGGGUAAGAAGUUGGGGCCAGGUUCUGAUGGGGAGGAUGGGGAGGUAAGUGAGGAGGAUGAAGGGGCAGAGAUGUGUCAAAGGAUGAAAGCAGCUAAUAGUGGAGGGGCAUUGCCUGGAGGAAGUGAGAAGGACACGUUGCAGAAAAGCUUCACUUUCACAGCUCUCCCUCAGUCUAAUAAUCCUCCUCAGCUUCCUUUCAAACGGUUCCAACUCUUGAAGGAGCUGUCUGAUCUAGUAACUCUUUGCUGCUCAGUGGGCUUCAUUGACUUUCCGACAUCAUCCAAAAACCAAAAACCUUGGGAACUGUGUUCCUUUCAUGAAUCUCUGGCUGUGCGUCUCGCUGGCGAUAGCCCCGGUGACUUUGUCAAUCAUAACAAGCAUUUCCUGUCAAGAGUGUACCCCAACCCAAUGCGUAUUGACUCAAGCAACAUGAACCCUCAGGACCUGUGGAAGUGCGGAUGCCAAAUCGUGUCUAUGAAUUUUCAGACGGCGGGACUGAUGAUGGACCUGAACACAGCUUGGUUCCGGCAGAACGGGAACUGUGGUUACGUUCUGCGUCCAGCCAUCAUGCGGCAGGAGGUGUCUUAUUUCAGUGCCGACACCAGAGACACGGUGCCUGGUGUGUCUCCACAGCUGCUUCAUGUGAAGGUGAUAAGUGGCCAGAACCUGCCCAGGCCAAGGGGUUCUGAGGCCAAGGGGGACGUGGUAGACCCGUACGUGUAUGUGGAGAUCCAUGGCAUCCCAGCUGACUGCACAGAGCGCCGCACCAGGACAGUGAUCCAGAACGGGGACAACCCUAUCUUCGAUGAGAGCUUUGAGUUCCAGAUCAACCUGCCUGAGCUCGCCAUGGUUCGCUUUGUGGUGCUGGAUGAUGACUUCAUAGGGGAUGACUUUAUAGGUCAGUACACCAUCUCUUUAGAGUGUCUUCAGCCGGGCUACCGACACGUGCCACUCCAGUCUCUGACUGGGGAGGAACUCCCCCACGCCAAGUUAUUCGUCCACGUGGCCCUCACCAAUCGUAGAGGCGGGGGAAAGCCUCACAAACGGGGCCUGUCUGUGCGGAAGGCGCGGAAGGGGAGGGACUACACAGCUCUGAGGGACUUGGGAGUCCGGGUUGUGGAUGAGGUUUUCAAGAUGGCUGCUCCACUGCUGAGAGAAGCCACCGACCUGAGGGAAAACAUGCAGAACUCUGUAGCACUGUUCAGGGAGCUGUGUGGGAUGUCGGCUGUGGCUAACCUCAUGCAGUGCGUACUGGCUCUGGGCUCCAGAGUGUCAGCACCAGACGGGACGCCUUUGCUACUGUUUGACCUCCGGGACCACUACCCCUCUCUGGAGCCCCAGGGGCCCCUGCCCGAUGUCCUUCGCCGGGUCGUCUCCACCUAUGACAUGAUGGUCCAGGCGAGUAGAGCAGUGAUGGAGCUCUCCGAUGGAAUCUACAACAGGAUCCUGCAUAUACAGACCACGGCGAUGGAGUUUCAUGAGAAGCUGCAGAGCCUGGCAGCGAAGGAGGGGCUGAAAGGUCGCAAGGUCACUCGAGCGCUGGAGAGUUUCAGCUGGAACAUCACCAUCCUUAAGGGCCAGGCUGACCUACUGAAGAAUGCCAAGGCUGAAGUCCAGGAGAACAUGAAGCAGGUCCACGAUGCUGCUUUGACUGGAAACCUGACCAAGGAGAGUGUAGGACUGACAAGAGUCCGCUCCCAAACACGACGAGGCCAGGAUGACAAACCGGCCACGAGUGCUAGAGGACCGUCGGCGUAGCAAGCAAACAAAUGAGAGAGAGAGAGAGAGAGAGAGAGAGAGAGAGAGACGACCAAAUUGCUGUUGUAGCUGCUGUGACAAACCCUCCUCAUGUCAUUUGUUCCAACGUAAUAAUCCGCCAGUGAGAGACUUUCAUAACGUUGUGGGAGUGGAACAGCAAGUACCCUGUUUUUAAGAAGAAAGAACAGAAGAAUUGAUGAAUGUAAAAGUCUUCAAAAUGCAACCACUGUCCACCCGACUGUCGCCGAGCACUCGAGAGACGUAGACGUCAGAGUGUUGCCGUGAGGGGACGGAAGAGAAAUGCCAUUCGGGAGUUGAAUGUAGCUCGAUUUGAAGCCAAGGUUCAGCUGUUAGUACUGUAUUUAAACUGUAAAUACACCAAAUGUUUAUUAUCCUCUUCCUAUGUGCAAUGUUUUUGAGGUUUGAGGUGUGUCAUGAAGAGAGAGGGAAAAAAAUGUCAUUUUUCUAGCACUGUCUGACUGAAACUUUAGCCAAAAGAUGUUAAAAACCUUUUGAAAACUUCUGUAAAACUGCUGCCUCCACAUGUUGGCGGUUUGUACUUCACUAAGCUGCUACAAUACCCAGCAAUAUCAAGUUAGCAAGGUCUUUUAACAUAGUAUCUCUUGGACCAGUGCAGCCCAUGUAUGUCUCUCUCCAGUUUUUUUUUUCAUUAUACAUAUGUAGGUCUUGGAUUGCAGCUCUUCAUCCAGUCAACUUGAGGGCCUUUGUCUUGCCACAGAAUCUUCAACUCCACCCUCUAAAUGUUGUCUUACAUACAGUGUUCUAUAUUUUUGUAUGUUCCCAACGCCCUUGUGGUAAUUAAACCGCUGUCACCUGCCAUAAUGAUCAACUCUGUGACUGUAAAUGUCUGCCUCUAGGGAACAAAUACUGUUUUGUUGAAAGUGCUUAAUUUGUGUGCAAAACAUUGUACAGUAUUUUAUUAUGUAAUUCGAUCCUUUUUGCUGUAAAGAAUAUUUUACAUAAGUUAUUGAUCCUAAAAGAAAACAUUCCAGAAACAUGUUAUCGGUGCAGUAGAUGAGGCUCAAUAUGUUCAGCUGUGUAAAAUGUUGCUGUUCAUGAUCACCUUCCUUAAGUUGGGAUGGAAAUAAACUAGUUUUUA